GCAUUCGCCCCUACAAAUGUGACGUCUGCAACAAAGCCUUCACACAGCGCUGUUCCCUUGAGUCGCACCUGAAGAAGAUCCACGGUGUGCAGCAGCAGUAUGCCUACAAGCAGCGUCGGGACAAGCUCUAUGUGUGUGAGGACUGCGGCUACACGGGCCCCACCCAGGAGGACCUGUACCUGCACGUGAACAGUGCCCAUCCAGGCAGCAUGUUUCUCAAAAAGACAUCCAAAAAGUUAGCAGCUCUUUUGCAGAGCAAGCUGACAUCCACACACCAGGAGAACACCAACCUGAAUGAGAAGGAGGAGAAGAAGUGA